AUGGGGGAGACAAAUCGCUCGUUUGUCCUUCGCGCCGUGAAAGAGGUCAUUUUGGAAGACCGCCCUGUUCCAGUUUUGAAGGACCCUUGGGAUGUGCGGGUUCGGAUCGCACAGACUGGCAUCUGCGGGAGUGACGUGCACUAUUGGCAACGAGGGCGCAUAGGAGACUUCAUCUUGAACUCCCCUAUUGUACUCGGCCAUGAGAGUUCUGGCACUGUCGUCGAGGUCGGUUCCGCGGUGAAGAACCUGAAGAUUGGCGAUCGGGUCGCUAUUGAACCAGGCGUGCCUUGCAGACACUGUGACUACUGCCGCAGCGGAUCCUACAACCUCUGCCCCGACACCGUCUUCGCCGCCACCCCUCCCCACGAUGGAACGCUCUCGAAAUAUUAUAUCACGCAGGCCGAUUACUGCUAUCCUCUGCCCCGACAAAUGAACAUGGAAGAGGGAGCCUUAGUGGAGCCUGUCGCCGUCGCCGUUCAGAUCACUAAAGUGGGCAACGUUCGUCCCAACCAGACAGUGGUGGUCUUUGGAUGCGGGCCCAUCGGACUGCUCUGCCAGGCAGUGAGCAAGGCAUAUUCGGCCAAAAAGGUGAUCGGGGUAGACAUCAGUCAGUCUAGGGCAGAUUUCGCUCGGACUUUCGGGGCAGACGAAGUAUUCGUGCCCUCGUCCAGGCCCGAGGGCACUGACGAGACCACCUGGAGUGAGGAGGUGGCUCGAAUCAUGAAAGAGAAGUUUGCGCUGGGGGAGGGGCCCGACGUGGUUCUUGAAGCGACUGGGGCACAAGCCUGUAUUCAGGCAGGCAUCCACUUGACUAAGAAAGGCGGCACAUACGUCCAGGCCGGUAUGGGCCGUGAGAACGUGGUGUUUCCCAUCACUACUGCCUGUAUUCGCGACCUGCACAUCCGAGGCUCCAUUCGAUACACGGUGGGCUGUUACCCAACAGCUGUGGAUCUUAUUUCAACUGGGAAGAUUGACGUGAAGCGACUGGUCACGAACCGCUUCAAGUUUGAACAAGCAGAGGAGGCAUUUGAACUUGUUCGGCAGGGCAAAGAGAGUGUAAUUAAGGUCAUCAUCGAGGGAGUCUCUCCAUAG